AUGCCACAUGGAGAUGAGGAAACACAACAAACUACUAUCGACAUAGAAUUGCCCGACGAGAAAAUGGAUACUAAAUUGAAAGAGUACGAAGAUUUGAAAGAAAAAUUAAAAGAUUCCUUACUAGCAAAGAGGAACUUAGAAGAUGAAUUUGAUCGUAUACAACAACAAAUAUAUGAUAAAGAAACAGAGUACCUAGCAGGUUCUGUUGGUGCUCCCACAUCAAACAGCAAGGGAACACCAUCGUCUUCCGCUGCUGCUGCUGCGUCCCAUUCUAUAGGGAAUAUUAUAAAAGGAUUCGACGGGUUUUCCAAGAGUAGUCAUCAUCAUCACCAUCAUCAUCAUGAAUCUAAUUUUAAUUCUGGUAAUAAUAAUGUUUCAUUUUCUAACCAGGACAGAAUCUUUUCAUUAAGCAGUGCAUUGUUUGUAAAGCAACAACAAGAGAGACCAAAAUAUAAUAAUAGCAACACUGCUUCUAAUAACAAUGCUAAGGAACCUCUUUCCAACAUCAAUACCAAUGGCAAUGCUUCUUCUUCUUCUUUAAAUGAAAAUGGUCCACAACAGGUAAAUUCCACUUCGCAAUCCAAUUAG